AUGACUUGUAUAUCCGAUCUGAAGUGCGAAGGUGUUGGAGCUCCUUUACAAAUGAGAAUCAUCCGCAAAUGGAAGAACGAUGUCCGUCGAUACCAGACAUGCUGUCCAGAACUUGAUAGGCAUCAGAAGGUAUUAGAUAAUGAUUUCUACAUCGAGGUUGGUCUCAUUUCAAUAAUCAAAUCACUUCUAGAUACAAUGACAAUACCAAAACACUGGUUCCGGUUUGUAACAAAAUCGCAUCUCAUGGAACUUGGAGAAAAACAACCCUAUUAUCCAGACUGCAGAAAAGCAAAUCAUGAGCCAUAUGUUUUCCUAAUGCCAAUAGACAAGAGUGGCAACGCACUUCCAAUAAACCUAUGGAAUGAAUGCAUCACAGUCCCAACAAAAUUCAACCGCGAUCUACUCAUCCUGUUGCCUACCAUUACAGUUGUUGUUACAAACCUAAAGGCUUCCACUUCUGCGGGUAUGGCACUUCCAAUCUGA